AUAAAUUUUGACAGUUAAUCAAGAGUUUACAAAUUGUAAAUAAAAAAGACUAUGAUUAUAGAAAAAUUUAAAUAUGAAGUAAAACCCUUACUGCUACCCUUCUAUUACACUAGGCAGUACCACCUACCUUUUAACGCACGGUCCUCCUUCCGUAUACUAGGGAGAAGCUGCAAUAAAAAAAAUGAGCGGUAACGCCUUUUAUGGUGGAGAUGAAGUCUCAGCUAUUGUGAUAGAUCCUGGUAGUAAAUGGACGAGAAUUGGGUUUUCUGGAGAGGAUAUACCGAAAUGCGUUUUGCCAAGUAAUUAUGGCGAGUUUGAAGAUGGAAGAAGACUUUUUGGAGAAGAAUAUAUUUAUCAACCACAUAAAGGAAUGGAAAUUAAAAGGUGUGUCUCCAAUGGAUGGAUUCAACAGUGGGAUGCCACUCUGGAUCUUUGGCAGUAUGCGUUGAAGGAACGAUUAAAGACUGAUCCUUCAGAGCACCCAAUUCUAGUCACUGAACCAUUCGAUAAUCCUUCUGAAAACCGAGUCAAAACCAUGGAAAUGGUGUUUGAGUCUUUGGGUAGUCCAGCUACAUACUUGGCACGACAAGAAGCAUGUGCAGCCUUUGCAAGUGGAAAAGGUACAGCCUGUUUAAUAGAUGUCGGAUAUGAUAGAGCUUCUGUUUCUGCUAUUCACGAUGGGUUUGUCCUCCAAAAACCUUAUAAUGUACAGCAAUUCGCUGGUGCUGCUUUAGAUGAAAUUAUAGCGGACACAUUAAGACGAAAGGGUUAUGAAACCGUUCCAAAAUAUCUCGUACGCAGCAAGCAUCCCGUUGGUGUUGGUGAAUCUCCAAAGUAUGAGCGUGCGAACAUUAAUACUACCGAAUCAUUUCAUCGUUUUCAAUUAGAAAGAGUUUACGAUGAGUGGAAAGAAGAGUGCGCCUUGACAGCUGACGUUCCUUUUGAUUCUGACCACACUAUACUUGAUUCAGAGUUUGAAUUUCCUGACGGUGCGAGAGUAGUGUUCGGGGCUGAUCGCUACCAAAUUCCGGAACGUCUAUUCAAACCUUCUGAAGAUACGACGAUGAACGAGCAAAAUGAUGAAAAUGAAAAUGAGAAGGAUGGAGAUGGGGAUGGGGAUGAUGAAGAGAAAAAGAAUACGAGUAAUCCAAAAACUAAGGGUAUAUGUCAGUUGUUCCAAAACUGCAUUUCCGAAUGCGACGUUGAUAUCCGGAAUGCCUUAUUUAACAAUAUCGUCGUUUGCGGCGGCACAAGUUUAUUGCAAGGCUUUUCUAUUCGUUUACAAAACGAUUUGUCAAAAAUAUACCCCGGCAAUCGUCUAAAAAUACAUGCUUCUGGUCAUAUCAUUGAACGUAGCUAUGCAUCGUGGUUAGGAGGAUCGAUCCUUAGUAGCUUGGGAACAUUUCAUCAAUUAUGGAUUUCUAGACAAGAAUACGAUGAGCAUGGAGCUGAUCGUCUGGCUUUGAUUGAAAAGCGGUGUAAAUAAUGUUGUUGAAUAAUAUUACUUGGCUUCUCGUUCGUAUUGCUUAAUUCGUUCAAUGUCCUGAAGUUUAUCUUUUAUCUUCAGACACUUGCUUGUCUUUUUUAUUCAUAACCUCCUUGGAUGGCUUUCAUUUUGUUGCAAAAAAUUCAAAAGAGAUAUGACUAUCUAAUGUUAAUCUUGAGGAUUUUACAACAAGAAUGAAUUUCUCAAUUGGGUAUUAUAAAUUCACAAAAGCAUUGCAUUGCCUACGAAUGACAUGAACGAAUCUAUACGCACUCAUUUUAUGAAAUUGAGUACCACACACAUUGUUUUAGAAGCUUACUAGUAUUUCUAAAAACGCUCAAGUUUGACUUACUGUAACAUAUAAUCUGUUUUCCGUUAUAAAUAUCCUUACUACUAAUUUUCCUUUUUGUUCCUUUUCUUUUUUAAGCGUUUAUCGGCUUUAAGCAUAUUCGAACUGUUGAAGCGCUUAAAGUAUUUCGCGAAUAACCACUGAAAGCAUUAGAAGUUUAGUAAUUCUGCAUAAAUAGUUAAAUCAUCAAGAACAAAGAUUCAAAUUAAGGGUUACAAGCCAUAAGUUUGAUUAUGAUUGAAGUCUUCAAUAGAACA